AUGGGUUUUUCAGAUCCUUGGAAAAGGCUUAAAUGGGGUUUUUUACCGGUGAGAAGAGUUGUGGAUGAGGCUAUUGAUGAAGAGCAAGUUCAUGCAGCCCAUUCCAAAACUGAGAUCUUGACUGAUUCAAAAGCGGUGGUAGGGUUAGUUGCUGAUAAUUACGAAACCAAUUCGAUUGAAGAUGAAGUUGCCAAUCCGCAAGAGUACGAGUACCGGGAUGAGGCUGAUCGUAAAUGGUAUAAGUUUUUCGAUGAAUAUGAGUACAGAUUACCUCGUAACAAAAGAGAGAGUCGUAAAUGGUAUCAAUGGUAUGAUAAAAAUGAUACUAAGGCUGAGAGAAGGUUAAUGAUUAAAAUUGACUUAUGUCUUACAUUUAUAUCCAUGAUGGUGUAUUGGAAUAAGUAUUUAGAUACUGCCAAUUUGAAUAAUGCUUACAUCAUGCCUGAUUUUAAAGAGGAUUUAGGCAUGAAAGGUAACGAUCUUGUUAAUACCCAAGCAAUCUUCAAUGUUGGUAAUAUUGUUUUCCAAAUUCCUUUUAUUUAUAUUUUAAUUAAUUUACCAUUAAAUUACGUUUUGCCAUUCUUAGAUCUCAUAUGGUCAAUCCUUACUCUUCUUACUUAUAGAGUUACUAAUGUUGCCGGUUUGAAGGCUAUAAGGUUUUUUGUUAGUGUUUGUGAAUCCGGAAGUUAUUUAUCUUUCCAAUUUCUUUUUGGAUCCUUUAUUUUUAAUGCCGACGCAAUGAGUCAGAGAAGCAUGGUCUACUAUUUGGGUCAGUAUAUUGGAACACUCAGUCUGUCUUUGUUAUCAGGAGCUAUCGAACGAGGUUUGAAUGGUAUGCAUGGUUUAAAAGCAUGGCAAUGGAUGUUUAUAGUGGAUGGUUGUAUUGGAAUUGGUGUUGCUUUAGUUUCUUUCUAUGGACUUCCAGGGACUCCCAAUGAUUGUUAUUCGAUUUUCUUCACCGAUGAUGAAAUCAGGUUAUUACGUUAUAGAUUGAAACAAAACCAUACUGGAGGAUCACCCACAAAUAAACUUAAAGCUUUAUUCAAUUGGCAACUUUGGAAGGAAGUGUUCACUUCUUGGGAACUUUACGUUCUUACUCUUUGGGAUAUCUUUUGUUGGUGUAACAGUAAUGCCCUGUCUGGAUCUUAUUUACUUUGGGUAAAAUCCCUUACUAAAAUAGAUGACGCUGGGGAAGUUGUUCAACGUUAUACUGGUGGUAAAUUACAGGAUAUCACCGCCAUGGCUCCUGGAGUGGGGUUGGCCUGGUUGUUUAUAACCAGUCUUUUCGCUGAUCAAUUUCGUAGUCGUUGGGGAGCCAUUAUAUUCUCGCAAGUAUUUAAUGUCCUUGGUAAUGUUUUAUUAGCAGUUUGGCAUAUUCCAGAAAGGGCAAAAUGGUUUGCAUUCAGUUUAUCAUAUUUUGGUUGGGCCAUGGCCCCAGUUUUAUAUAGUUGGUCAAACGAUAUUAAUAGAAGAAAUGUUGAAAAAAGAGCCAUUAUCUUAGUUGUUAUGAAUGCACUUUCCCAAGCCUGUUCUACUUGGACUUCUGUUUUGGUUUGGAAAACAGUGGAACAACCAAGAUACUUAAAAGGUUUCUCUUUUACAGCAUGUUGUGCUUUUGCAUUAUGCGUCUGGACUUUUGUCGUUUUAUGGUUUUAUAAGAAACAAGAACGUAAAUUUGCUAAACAAAAUGGUAUCAUUCUUUAUAAUUCGAAUGAAGAUCCUGAGUUUUUAACCAGAUUAAAUGAAAAAACCGCAUUUCAUAAGGUCGAGGUUGAAUCCAAGUCUUCUCAAGACGAAUCUAAAUCAUCCAAUUAA